ACACUAGGAUCUCUGAAAAAUUCCUAUUUAGGUUGUGACAACGUUCACUGAGAGGGCGCAAGCUUGCGGUUUUAUAACUUUCGAGGUCGUAGCUGGGAGCUGGGAGCUGGAAGGGCUUGAGGCUUGAUGAGUAUGGAGGGUGGUAGAGUGUGUAACCUACAAGUGAACAGAGAGUGAAAUUCAUAACAUCAAUUAAUUACGUGGGUUGAACUUGCCAUUAUGACAUCCAAGACAGUGUUCAUAACUCAGGAAGGGCCAGCGAAUGCCCUAGCUCUCAACAAAGACAAUACCCAAGUUGUGAUCGCUGGACGUAAUGUGUUCAAGAUUUUUACCCUUUUGGAAGAGAGGUUUGAAGAAGUUUGCAACCUGCGAGUUGGCAAGAAUCUUAAUCUAAACUUCUCUUGUAACGAUGUUGCGUGGAACUUAAUCGAUGAUCACAUAUUGGCUACUGCAGCCACCAAUGGAGCUGUUGUAGUAUGGAAUUUAAAUCGUCCCUCACGUUCAAAACAAGAACAUGUUUUCAUAGACCACAAAAGAACAGUGAACAAAGUUAGCUUUCAUAUGACAGAGCCCAUGUGGCUGAUAUCAGGCUCUCAAGAUGGGACGAUGAAAUGCUUUGAUCUGAGAGUCAAAGAAGCUGCAAAAACGUUCUAUAGCAACACCGAAUCUGUCAGAGAUGUUCAAUUUUCCCCGCAUCAGCAAUAUACCUUUGCCGCUGUAUCAGAAAAUGGUCAUGUCCAACAGUGGGAUCUGAGGAAACCUGAUCGAUGCUUUCAGCAUUUUACAGCUCACAGUGGGCCAAUUUUUGCUUGUGAUUGGCACCCUGAAGCAUCUUGGCUAGCAACAGCCUCACGUGAUAAAACGAUCAAGGUCUGGGAUAUUUCUGCUAAGCCUACCUGCGAAUAUACUAUUCAUACAAUAGCAUCUGUUGGCCGUAUAAAAUGGCGACCUCAAAGAAAAUACCAUAUUGCAAGCUGCGCCUUAGUCGUUGACUGUAGUAUAAAUGUAUGGGAUAUCAGAAGGCCCUAUAUACCAUUUGCAAGUUUUAACGAGCACAAAGAUGUUCCUACUGGUGUAGCAUGGAGAGGAGAUCCACAAUAUUUCCUGUCAACCAGCAGGGACUGUACGUUAUAUCAUCACGUAUUCAAAGACGCCACUAGACCAGCAAGCAAAGCAAACCCUCAAGGUAUUGCGCUUAAUUCUAAAGGUGACGUCGCGUAUGCUUGUAAAAUUAGUGUUAAUGCGCCGACCACUGUAAAACAAUUGACUAGUAUAAUGAGGAAAUCCUCUGCAAGUAACGAUACCUUCUGCAUGGCCUCUAGCAUGAUGCACAGAUUCACAGAAACUGCACCGCGUGAACCCAAGUGGUUCAAAGAAUGUGCUGAAGGAUACUUACUCAGCGGAAGACUGAAUGAUAUUUGUGACCAUAAUGCAGCUGUUGCCAUUUCUGCGGGCAGAAAUGACAUAAGCACAGUGUGGAGUAUUAUGAAAACAUUGUAUGCAAAUCCACUCGGUGACAUGUUGAAAUCGUCUCCAAAUGUUUCUAAAGAGGAUACUGUGAAUACCCUAAAUUUGGCUCAAAUUGCCAUCGGAUCAACAGUUGAUCAGUCUAAUACAGGUCAUGAAAAUGAUGUGAAAUCUUUACAAGGAGAGGCACCUGGUGUGAUAAGUGGUGGAGAUGAUGAAACUGAAACUGACGAAACAACUGAAAAUCAAAAUUUUAUUGGGCCUAUACUACCCAGCUAUCGGCGUUCGUUACCCGGGCACAAACGGCAACCGAAAGGGGAUUUCUUUUUCGGAGAAGGAGAAUUGGAGCCAAUAGCGAUGGAAUAUAGUCCCGGAUACAUACAGAACCUUAUGAAUCACGAAAACGAUUGGACAUUACCUAAGGAAGCAUUCCCUUUACGACACGAAAUACAGGACAGAUCUCCACCUCCUGAACAAUUUCCAAAUCAUUCUCCGGAUAUGAAUGACAACGACUCAGGAUCUGUCACAGUAGAAGAUCAACCUUGCGAAUUAAUAGUGACAGCUGUUCCUAAACCGUUAUUUUGGGACCCCACACAACUGAUUGAAGAAGCUCUGAGGCACCAUGCAGCAAUUUUAGAUAUUCAAACUUCUGCAUCGAUACUCAUUGCUCUUGGAGAAAGGCGGAAUAGUUUGAACAUUGAGGCAGCCACUCAAGAGCACUGGCUAUUAGAGUAUAUCGACAUGCUGGGGAGAUUUAAAUUAUGGGAAAUCGCCACUCAAAUUAUACAAUUGGCCUGGAUGCCGUCUGUUUCUCAAUUGAAUCAACAGUCAACCACGAUACAUGCCUGCUGCACAACGUGUACAAAGCCAUUGCAAAGGUCUGCGUGGCUUUGCGAUCGAUGUCAUACAUCAACACACGCUCUUUGUUCAAUUUGUCACCAAGUUGUACGCGGUGCUUACGCGUGGUGUCAAGGCUGUGCCCACGGGGGACAUGUGGUUCACAUGAGUGAGUGGUUCGAAAGUAAUCGCCAAUGUCCAACAGGCUGUGGUCACGUAUGUGAAUUUACUUAAUUUUGAAACUUUCUUUUUAUUGGGUCAAACGUUAGUAUUUUAAAAAUCAAGACUGCCCAUAUGCUCAGCUAGUAAAGAGCACUGUAUAUAAUGGAAGAUGUAUAUGUAUAGGUGUGCCAGUUUCUACGUAACUGACAAUCUUGAGAUACUAAGUACUUAUUUCAUGUCAAAAUGGCACGAAUCUAGUCAUCAGAUGUAUUCUUACAGCAUAUUUUCUAUGUUCUGAAAAUGAGAGUCUGAUAACUUAUGACCUACUUGUAUGACCUACGACCAAAAGAAAAUUACAGGGAAGGGUUCUCAUUUUUAAAUCACUUCGAAACGCGUUGAUAAAAUUUUCAUCAACCGUGUAUUCAUAUUAAAGGUACAUAAAUUAUAUUACAAUUCGUCCAGUGAUUCACUGACUGAUUUAAGUGGAUAGUAUUGUGUAAUAUAUGUAUAUAUUAAUAAAUUCAACGAGGAACUCUCGUAAAUUUUUGAUACAUGAAAAUUUCAUUUAUCAGCAACUUAUAUAAAUCUGGCAAAGUUUGUAUAAACAUCGAUAGACAAGUGUAUAAAUUAACCGGAUAUUGUCAUAAUUGAAUCUUACGUAAACAAUGUGACCUGUUGCUGCCUUUUUUUUUUUUCUAGGGUUGAUUUAAUUUUCUUUUAGCUAUGAUACCGUA